CCACUACAAUCCCCAAUCGUCCGAUAAUCCCUCUUCCCUCCUCCCUCUCCUUCGAACGUGGUGUGAUCCCAAUCCUGCCUACAACACCAGCACCAUGAACAUCGUCGAAUGGGCCUUCGGCAAGCGCAUGACGCCCGCCGAACGCCUCCGCAAACACCAACGAGCCCUCGACCGCACCCAACGCGAACUCGACCGUGAGCGUGUGAAGCUCGAGAACCAGGAGAAGAAACUCAUCCAGGACAUCAAGAAGAGCGCCAAGAAUGGGCAGAUCGGGGCCUGCAAGAUCCAGGCCAAGGACUUGGUGCGCACGCGGAGGUACAUUCAGAAAUUCUAUCAAAUGCGCACGCAGUUGCAGGCGAUUUCGUUGCGGAUUCAGACGGUACGGAGUAACGAGCAGAUGAUGCAGUCGAUGAAGGGGGCGACGAUGCUGCUGGGCAGUAUGAACCGGCAGAUGAACCUGCCGGCGCUGCAGCGCAUCGCGAUGGAGUUCGAGCGCGAGAACGAUAUCAUGGACCAACGGCAGGAGAUGAUGGACGAUGCGAUCGAUGAGGCGACGGGCAUGGAGGGCGAGGAGGAGGACAGCGAGGAUAUCGUCAAGGAGGUGCUGGAUGAGAUUGGCGUGGACCUGAGCCAGGCGCUGGGGGAGACGCCGACGGAUAUACAGAAGACGGCCGUGGGUGAGGCAAGAGUCGCGCAGCCGAUCGGGGCCGCUGGCAACGCAAGCGAUGAUGACUUACAGGCAAGACUAGAUAGUCUUCGUCGCUGAUGAUAUGACACGAGUCGCUACUGCUGUGAUGUCUCUUAUUUUUGCUUUCUUCAAGUCUUGUUUCUGCCUUAUUUCUUGCGCUGUUAUCACGUUUGUGGCUAGGGGUUUCGGGAUCGGGCAUAAUGCAUCUAUCAUUCUUCCAAGGCUUAGCCUUGUACGUGUAUAAAUCUAUACUUUUCUGUCGUCUCUCAUGACCUAAUCUUGCCUCUAUGCUCCAGGUAAAGCCCACAAAUACCAAUGCAACGGGCUCAAAAACUAUUCUACAAACCGAUAUUGAAGCAUUCCGCCCACCCCGGAGACAUCCAUGCUUUGCCGAGUUAAAGAAACACCACAUAUCAUCAAGCAAUGCCUUCCGACGAGGAGGAAGGGGGGAAAAGAAUAAACAAAACAAUACAGCCAUCCACGCCUAUUCUUCCAUUUGG